GUUCCGGUCGGUUCGGAAACCGGAUAACAGCCGGUCUGGACCGACAGUUCGGGAUCGGCAAGCCUAGACUAGUUUUCACAAGAAUCUCGUCUGAAGUUGCCCUAUUCAGCCAUGGCUGCGCCGCUCUUUGCCGCCCGCCGCACGUUGGCCACCGUCCUUUCCCGCCGAGCGCGCCUCGCCGUACCUCUCCUUUUUAACAGCUCAACAGGGCAAGGUGGAGUGGGUAGGUUCACAGUACAAAUACGAUUCCGGACAUCAAGUUCGGGCUAUUCGCCGUUGAAUGAUCCGUCUCCGAACUGGAGCAACCGCCCUCCGAAGGAGACGAUUCUACUCGAUGGCUGCGAUUAUGAGCACUGGCUUAUAGUCAUGGAGUUCCCUUCGGACCCUAAGCCGUCCGAGGAAGAAAUGAUUAACUCGUAUGUUAAAACCCUAGCAACCGUAGUUGGAAGUGAAGAUGAAGCAAAGAAAAAGAUUUAUUCAGUUUGCACGACAACAUACACUGGCUUUGGAGCUUUAAUUUCGGAAGAGCUCUCUUACAAAGUCAAAGGCUUACCCGGUGUCCUCUGGGUGCUACCCGAUUCAUAUCUUGAUGUCCCAAAUAAGGACUACGGGGGUGAUCUGUUUGUCGAUGGUAAAGUGAUACAUCGGCCCCAAUACAGAUUCAGUGACAGGCAGAAUAAUAAUAAUAAUAGCAGGAGCAGGCCUCGCCCCCGGUAUGACAGGCGCCGCGAGGCAAUGCCAGUCCAGACUCAGACUCAGACUCAGAGGAGAGAGCCUGAGCCAGGCCCCGAGCCUGCAAAGCAGCCAAAGGCAACAUAACGUAGCAUCAGAUUUCUUUUUUAUCUUUUAUUUUUAUUUUCUCUCCUGUCUUCAUAGUAUCGGAUUCGAGGCAUGAAGUAUAUAAUGAAUGUUCUUUUACUA